CUCCCUCACUUCCGCUUCCGCCUCGGCUCAGCAGCCCAAGGAUUGUGAGUGGACCAUUGAGGAGAGCGACAGACCAUCCGGUUGGUGUCCGGACUCGCACUCUAUGGUUGUCCGCGCUCUGCGCUUCCUCUCUAGCCGCCAGUGCUCUAUGCUCCGCGGUCGCGGGCGGCCAGCCUCCAGCCGGCCAGCCGCGAGGGGUGCGCAGAGGGAGGCGGGGCGGAAAGGCGAGAGGUGUCUCCUCCACCGGAGCCACGGGAGACCCGAGCAAGCUCCGUGACAGCACGUCGGCCGCCAUGUCGCCGAGUGGGGCUGGAAACAGACUCGGUGCCCAGCGGUAGCCCUCCUUGCGCCUCCGAUUCCCAGAAGGCUGGCCAGCUGAAACGGCAUGGCAAAGUAGUGUGUCCUCUGCUGACAGACUCCCUCUAGGGAGAAAGAAGGUGGCCGAGCCAGUAAAGCUUAGGCAUUACCAAAUUUGCCAAUAAGAGAAAUCAUUCUACCUUCCCAGAAGUGGACAUGGAAGGUCUUUAAUAUAACUCUAAAUGGUUCAGCAGAGGAUGCUCUAAUGGAUGACAGCGAUACUCCUACAUAUAAUCUGCAAAUAGAACCACAAGAUGGAUGUCAUCCUGGUGACAGCGUGGAAAGGAGUGUGACCUGCCUGCCUUCUGCAUCAGAUGAAAAUGAAAAUCAGCUUGAUGGGGACAGGCCUGAGCAUCUGACCAGCAGUGACAGUGCAAUGGGAAAGCCCCAAGUGUCUGAGCAGGACAAUCUCAAUAAUAAUGAAAGCUGCAUAUUGAGCUGCGAGGUGGCUGCAGGUGAGAACUCAGAAAACACCCUUUGUGAAGGCUCCAGAGAUGAACAGGCCUUCUUGGGAAAGGACAAAAAAAUACCUGGAAAAAGAAGUCCAAGAAGCAAAAAAGGGACUGCUAAGAAGAUACCACCAGGACUGUUUUCAGGAGAUAUUGCACCUUUAAUGCAAGAAAAAAUACUAAGUGCAGUCACACAUGCUGUUGGUGAUGAAGAAGCUGCUGAAGUCAAUGCUAAUGAGCAGCCAGAGGCUCCGAAGCUUGUUCUGCAGUCUCUGUUUUCACUUAUACGAGGUGAAGUUGAGCAGUUGGAUUCAAGAGCACUUCCCCUUUGCCUUCAUCAGAUAGCAGAGUCCUAUUUCCAGGAGGAGGACUAUGAGAAAGCAAUGAAAUUCAUUCAGCUAGAACGAUUGUAUCAUGAGCAAUUGCUUGCAAAUCUUUCUGCCAUUCAAGAACAGUGGGAAACAAAAUGGAAAACUGUGCAACCACAGACAGUCACGCCUCUAAGGAAUUCAGAAAAGGGGUUUAAUGGUGAAGAUUUUGAACGGCUUACUAAAAUUUGUGCAACACAUCAAGAUCCUCUUUUAUCUAAACAUAAGAUAGCAGCUGUGGAGAAGUCCCAGGAAAGGAAAUGCUCUACGCAGUUAUUAGUAUCUGAAGAUCCAAAGGACAGAGGAGCUGCCACCAAAGAGUCAGAGAGUAAAACUUGUCUCGGCACAGAGCCAAAUAAAGACAGCCACCGUACAGGGGGGCCUCUGGGGAGCAGUCCCCGCUGUCAUCAGAUGGACCGGCAGGCGGAGGCCCCAAACCUUUCGGUAACUUCAGGAAAGGACCACAGGGAGGAGCUGCUCUGCCGCACGGAAGCCACGUUACUGCUCCACACCCAGUCCUCCGAGACAGCAGGGAGCCCGUCUGGGCCAGACUCUUCUGAGGAUGCUUGUGAGGAUGACAGUCGCUUGCAGCUGGCUCAGACAGAGGCCUGCCAGGAUGUGGCCAGAAUAGAGGGCAUUGCUGAAGACCCUGCGGUGUUUCCUUCCAGCCAGUCAGCGACAGAGACACUGAUUUUACCAGGCUGUGACCGUGUACCUCCUGCAUUGAUUUCUGAGGGUAAAUAUUCACAGGCUCAGAGAAGAGAACUCCGUUUGCCACUUCGGGAUGCUUCUGAGGCGUUGCCCACAGACCAACUUGCGAACAAUGAAUUAAAUGAGCUGCAGCAGCCUGAUCUUACGGACAGUGAUGGAAAAUCACCACAGGCGCAGGCUGACUCAGACGGCUCUGAGAAUGUGCUCUGUGGAAAUAAUCAAAUACCUGACCUAGGCAUACUGCUUCCAGAGGUGUGUAUGGCCCCAGAGGAAAAGGGAGAGAAAGAAGAGCAACUCAGCAGAGAAACAGAAGACUAUUUGAACAGCCUUUUAGAAGGAUGUUUAAAAGAUACUGAAGAUUCCCUUUCCUAUGAAGAUAACCAAGACGACGACUCUGAUCUCCUUCAAGAUCUCUCUCCUGAAGAAGCAUCCUAUAGUCUCCAGGAGAAUCUGCCUUCUGAUGAGAGCUGUCUUUCUCUUGAUGAUCUUGCCAAAAGGAUAGAGAUUGCAGAGGUUGUUCCUACUGAAGGACUGGUCUCAAUAUUAAAGAAGAGGAACGAUACUGUAGGAGAUCAUCCUGCCCAAAUGCAACACAAACCAUCUAAGCGAAGAGUGAGAUUCCAAGAAAUAGACGAUAACUUGGAUCAAGGAGGAACCCGGAUUUGGAACUCACAGUCUGCAUUUCACUUUGUAGCCACCUCAUCUUAAACUGAGUCACUUACUUGGAGGAGACUCAUUUCCAUCAUCUUUAAAAUAAGGAGAGUAACAUCUGCCUGUCCCUGUUGAAAAGCGUGUCAGAUAAUGUGUAUAAAUUCAUUUUGAGAAUUAUAAAACGAAACGUAAAUGUGGAUUGUGUUGGUUGGUUCCUAAGCUCUGUGACUUCCACGGUGUUUUCAUAAACCUCACCUUCUGCCAAAAUCUUCCUAAAAGGGCCGGUUCUUCCUCCUCUAAACCAAUGCUAUCCAUUGGAAAUAUAAUGUGAGGUACAUACAUGAUUUUAAAUUUUGUAGUAGCCAUGUCAAAGUGAAAAG